ACUUUAACUGGGGAAGUGAAUGGUAAAAUGCUGGGACUUAGUGAAUUAGGUAAGCUAGUUUUGCCAGAUUUUAUUAAAUACUGUUUAGGGUUGGUUUAGUUUCUAAAGGUUUCUCCCACAGGUAAACAGAACCAGUCUGCUGUAAAGUCACAAGCUGAGAAUGAUGACCCUGAAUUUCGACCAAAAACAGCAACAGUUGUCAAUCCAAAGGUAAUUAAUAAAGGUAACGCUGUGCCGUUGGAGAAGCAGACGACUAGGAAGGAGGAAAGAUCGGACUCAAACCAGUCUGUGGAAAGAGAAAACAGUGCUAACCAGACUGCGUCUGCUUCACAGCAAGUGAAAAAAACAAAGGACCAGUCCAAAAUGAAACCACCGCCAGGUCCUAAGUUUGUGCUUUGUUAUAUAUGUGGACGUAAAUUUGGCGAGGCCUCAGUUGCUAUACAUGAGCCGCAGUGUUUAGAAAAAUGGAAAGUUGAAAAUGACAGACUUCCUAAAGGACAAAGAAGACCACUGCCAAAGAAACCAGAAGUGCUACAGUCAGGUGGAAAAUAUGACGUGGAUGCUAUGAAUGAGGCGGCAUGGAAGAGUGCACAGUCUCAGCUUAUACCAUGUGAUGGAUGUGGUCGCACAUUUGCACCGGACCGUCUCUCGGUACAUCAGAGAGCAUGUAAAGGGGCAGGAAAAGGAGGAGCAAAACCUGCUCAACAAGCAGGUAGUGGUGGUACAAAAAAGUUUGUAGAUGGUCCGGGGAUUAAACGUGAAGGAACGUAUACCUCAGAUAAUCCCAGUCCACCGAAGUCGAUUGUACCACAGGUCCAAAGUUUGUUUUGUGUUAUAUCUGUGGCAGGAAGUUUGGUACAAAGUCAAUAGACAUUCAUACACCACAGUGUUUAGAGAAAUGGAAAGUAGAAAAUGAUAAAUUACCAAAGUCUCAGCGUCGACCCAUUCCCAGGAAACCUGAAACUGUUGGCGGGAGUGGACAAUAUGACGUAGAUGCAAUGAAUGAAGCAGCCUGGAAAAGUGCUCAAGCCCAGCUGAUACCUUGUGGUAACUGUGGGAGGACAUUUGCACCAGACAGACUGGCAGUUCACCAACGGGCAUGUAAACCAAAGGAUGGAUCAGCACCAAAACAAACAGAAUCUGCUUCAAGUUCAGGGUCAUUUGGAGGUAACCUUUGUGGAAAAUGGUUCAAAUUAAAAAAGAAAUUAAUGUUUUGUGUGUAAUUUUAAAAGAAAUUGAUAAGAAGAUAACUAUUAAGUAGAAAUUUUGUUGUUAUAAAGCUUAAUCUUGUUCAGGAUUAAUUUAAACUUCCUAAAACCUGACAUCAUAUUCACUUGUCUACAUUGAAUUAAUCAAGCUUUAUCUUAAUAGUGUAUCUCUGUUUAAAUAUGUAUGACUUCUAUUUCAUGUUAAGGUAGUUCUUCAGUUUGGGAUAAGAUAAAAUUCUUCAAUAUAGUCUAACCCUAGGUUUUUCAAAUUUCCCAGAUAUACAAUUAAGGCAGCCAAUAAGUAUGAUACGGUUCUAUGUUCAGUUUUUUUAGACUGAAAAUA